ACCGUCUUCCUUGCGGGGUCCAUCGAGCAGAACACCGCGGUGGCGUGGCAGAACGAGUUCAUCCGGCGUCUCGACGGGAUCGAUUGCACCAUCUUCAAUCCACGACGGCCAAAAUGGAAUCCGAACUUGACCCAGUCGGAGCUGGACCUCAUCUUCACGGAGCAGGUCGAGUGGGAGCUCGCAUGUCAGGAGAAGGCGGACGUGAUCGCGAUGUUCUUCGACCCAUGGACCAAGAGCCCGAUUACGCUUCUCGAGCUCGGGAUCUUCUCGCAGGCGGUCGGAAAGGAUGGCCAGAGGAAGCUCAUCGUGUAUUGCCCCAAGCCCUUCUGGCGCCAGGGGAACGUGCAAAUCGUCUGCAAAGAAUACGGCAUCCCGCGGGCGAAAACCUUUGACCAUCUCGUCGACUUAGUCAAA